CAUAGAGGAGAUGAGGGAGGACCUGCUCCUUGGCUUUUUGCUUCUGGGACUGCUUUGGGAAGCUCCAGUUGUGUCUUCAGGGCCUGGGAAAGAGCUCUCCGUGGUGUGGGCCCAGGAGGGAGCUCCCGUCCAUCUUCCCUGCAGCCUCAAAUCCCCCAACCUGGAUCCUAACUUUCUACGAAGAGGAGGGGUCAUCUGGCAACACCAACCAGACAGUGGCCAACCUACUCCCAUCCCGGCCCUUGACCUUCACCAGGGGAUGCCCUCGCCUAGACAACCCGCACCCGGUCGCUACACGGUGCUGAGCGUGGCUCCAGGAGGCCUGCGCAGCGGGAGGCAGCCCCUGCAUCCCCACGUGCAGCUGGAGGAGCGCGGCCUCCAGCGCGGGGACUUCUCUCUGUGGUUGCGCCCAGCUCUGCGCACCGAUGCGGGCGAGUACCACGCCACCGUGCGCCUCCCGAACCGCGCCCUCUCCUGCAGUCUCCGCCUGCGCGUCGGCCAGGCCUCGAUGAUUGCCAGUCCCUCAGGAGUCCUCAAGCCAUCUGAUUGGGUCCUUUUGAACUGCUCCUUCAGCCGUCCUGACCGCCCAGUCUCUGUGCACUGGUUCCAGGGCCAGAGCCGAGUGCCUGUCUACAACUCACCGCGUCAUUUUUUAGCUGAAACUUUCCUGUUACUGCCCCAAGUCAGCCCCCUGGACUCUGGAACCUGGGGCUGUGUUCUCACCUACAGAGAUGGCUUCAAUGUCUCCAUCACGUACAACCUCAAGGUUCUGGGUCUGGAGCCCGUAGCCCCUCUGACAGUGUACGCUGCUGAAGGUUCUANGGUGGAGCUGCCCUGUCAUUUGCCCCCAGGAGUGGGGACCCCUUCUUUGCUCAUUGCCAAGUGGACUCCUCCUGGAGGAGGUCCNGAGCUUCCCGUGGCUGGAAAGAGUGGCAAUUUUACCCUUCACCUUGAGGCUGUGGGUCUGGCGCAGGCUGGGACCUACACCUGUAGCAUCCAUCUGCAGGGACAGCAGCUCAAUGCCACUGUCACAUUGGCGGUCAUCACAGGUCAGCCACAGUUGCUACUGAGAAGAUUUUCUGCCUUAGAACAUGGGAUUCAGCCAUUUCCGGCUCAGAGGAAGAUAGAGGAGCUGGAGGGAGAACUGGAGACGGAGAUGGGACAGGAGACAGAGCCCGAGCCCGAGCCGGAGCCACAGCCGGAGCCAGAGCCCAGGCAGCUCUGACCUGGAGCCGAGGAGCCAGCAGGUCUCAGCAGCUCCGC